AUGAUGAAUCUUAGCGCUAUUCAACUCGACAGCCUUCCUGUCCUGGUUGUUGUCGCUUUCUGUGGUGUCGCUACUCACCUCGCUAUAUUUCGGAUCGGCGAAUGGGAUGUUGCCGUUCACCGUAUAAUCGCUUUCUUUGGUCUUAUCUAUGCAUUGAUUUUCACCCUCAUAGCCUAUCAUCGUGACCUGGAUCACCAGAGCCUUCUCAGUGCCUGGUAUACUGCUUCUGCCCUCCUGGCAACCUUCAUAGCUGGGAUAUACGGCAGCAUGGUCAUCUUCAGAUUCUUCUUUCAUGCUUUGCGCCGAUUCCCUGGUCCUACCUUUGCUCCCAUAUCUUCGUUAUACGCUGUAUCGAUGUCUAUGAAGAAGUUUCACAUGUUCUCGGAAAUGCAAAAGCUACACAAUACCUAUGGCGAUUUUGUGAGACUGGGUCCAUCUGAAAUGUCCAUUGCAUCACCAAGUGCUGUGGCUGCAAUUUACCAGAAUUCGUCACCUUGUCUAAAGGGCCCUUGGUAUAAUGUUUUUGUGCCUUCAAUAUCGUUGCAUGCCUCGAGAGACAAGCAGGAGCAUGCACACAGAAGGAAAGUAUGGGACAGGGGCCUUAGUGCAAAAGCUAUGCGCGAUUAUGAGCCAAGAGUGGAAAAAUACACGCGUUUGUUAAUCAGUCAGCUACAAAAGAGAUGUGGCAAACCGGUGGACAUUGCGGAAUGGUGCAACUUCUACGGAUUCGACGUCAUGGGUGAUCUUGCAUUUGGGAAGAGCUUCAAUAUGCUUAAUGACGGAGUCAGGCACUAUUACAUGGAUCUGACACAGACAUCCACCUUAUGGGGCACUCAGAUUGCUCGAUCCUCGUGGCUCUAUCUACUCAUAAAGAGCAUACCUAUCUUAAACUACCAGAUUGCAAACUUUCUGAAAUGGCUAAGAACACAUGUGGAUCAGAGGGCAAAGAAUGAGCCAGACCUUCCUGACUUAUUUUCCUGGCUCCUUGGUGCGUACAAAGAACAGUCAGUCCACACGAAGCAAGACGAACUCAACCUCCUGGGCGAUGCCCACCUUAUUGUAGUUGCAGGGAGCGACACUACUUCCACAAGCCUCACCUGUGCCCUGUUUGAGCUGGCCCGUCAUCCCGAUGUCUACCGGAAGCUUCGAACAGAAGUUGACGAUCUCCUGAAGCCAGAGGAUACUCAUAGCCACAGCGCUCUUGCCAAACUUAAAUACCUGCAGGCUGUCAUCGAUGAGACAAUGCGCCUUUACCCAGCUAUUCCCUCAGGUCUGCAGAGAAUCACACCUCCGCAAGGCCUGCAUAUCAACGGAACAUUUAUCCCAGGAAAUAUGAUUGUCCAAACACCGACCUACACAUUGAACCGGGACGAAAGAUGCUUUGUGCGCCCCAACAACUUUAUUCCCGAGCGAUGGACAACGCAGCCCGAACUCGUCCGCGACGCUUCGGCUUUUGCCCCCUUCUCCAUUGGGCGUUACUCUUGUGCUGGAAAGCAACUUGGGCUUUUUGAAAUUAGGCAUGUUUUGUCGCAUAUCGUCUCCAAGUUUGACCUCCGCUUUGCUCCGGACCAAACAUCCGAGCUAUUUCAAGACGGGCUGGCAGACGGGUUUACACUUCUCUGCCCAAAGCUUGAAAUGAUAUUUGAAACCCGGAAGAACGGGGAGCUGCCAAGUUAG